AUCGUGCCGGACAGACAGACAGACAGACAGACGGACGGACAUGACGGUUCCAUAAGCCCUGACUCGGGCUAAAAAUUGGAAGAAUAGAAAACAUAAUUACGUAUUUAUUUAUUUGUGGAAUUGCAAACUAUAAUUCCGUAACCGUGCAACGUGCAAAAAAAGAUGCAUUUUUACGUUACGGUUUACGACACGGACGUCAAUUUGCAAACUGUCACAACGCAACGUCGAUGUAGUAUCAAAAUCUACGGUUCUACGUCACGUUCAGGGUCCACGGAAACAUUCAUGCAAACUCCCUAAUAGCACAUGUUUUUAUAAUCUAAACGUAACGUGAAUCAAUAAAACCAUGAUAUUUAUCCAGUGAUUAUCGCACCGUUUACUUGAUUUGCUGUAGAAGUUCAUCAAUUUCAUAGACAAUCUAGAUAUUACGUACUUUCUCUUUCGUGGCUUACUACAAAUUAUCACCCACAUCCUUGACCAUGUCGGACACAGACUUUGUGUACCACGAUCCUGACGAUGUUCCCCAAGAAGAGGAGGAAACAGAGUUGGAAGUGGAGGAGGAAGAGGCAGGCGCGUUUAGAAUGAAAAUGUAUCGAUCAAACCUGAAAAGAAAGCGGAGACUCAUAAUUUUGUACUUGGUUUACAGGGGAGGAGUUGGAACUGCAAAUUAUGGAGGACGAAGACCACGGAGACGAGAUGGCCACAAUUAUACCCAGAAAGUGGCGUGGAUUUGGCAGUGAACUGGAAGUGAACCAGGAGAAAGUGACACCAACACGACCACCGAUAACUCUCACUGUCCACCGUCUUCGGAAACAUUUUGGAGAUGAAUGCAAUUUUCAGAAUUCCGAUCCCACCAAUAUCCACAUGUUUGCAUCCUUCGAGUCUCAGGAUCCAUCAGUCCGACCUUUCAUACAUCGAAAAGAGAUUGAUCGUGGAAUUCAAGUCAGAGGUCCUUCCGUGGACUGUUCCACUCAAACAGGACUUUCCUUCAAGAGGAAUAAAAUGGUUCAAUCUUCCAUUCAAACCUUGUCUGACGAAAAUGUUGAAAUCCUCAUGAAUUCCAAAAGCAUGGCAUAUUUCUUUAAAGCGGCAAUGCCCAAAUUAGAGAAAUCCAUGCAGCAAAAUGAAAUGGUCGAUUUGCUCUUUAACGAUUACAAAAAUUUAAAGGCGAAGCAUGGUCAUGAACUUGAAUUCCAAAGAGAAAGCAGCGUCGCACAUCCCGAUGAUAUGCCCCCUGAAGAAAAGUCUGACUCAAGAAACAUGGAUUGGAUGCGACAGCAUAAACUAGCAGGAAAGGAAAGGAUAGAACUAUCCAAAAAAGAAGAGUUAGCCCAAGCCGAAGAGAUAGAACAGGAAGAACGUCUCAACAAGGAAUACGUAGAAUUUCUAAAGUUUCAGGCUGAAGUGGUCGAGAUCCUGAAGGUGGACGAACCCCAAGUGACAGCAGAAGAUCAAGACAUGGCUGAUGAAUUCGAAGCGCUCAUUAGAGAAGCGCAGAUGCAACAAGCGCAAGAAGAGGCAGAUGCUGCGGCCGCCCUGCUUGCUGAAGAGGAGGAGGAGGAGGAAGAAGAAGAGGAACAAGGCACUACGAUUAUUGCGGCGACAUAGAGUAAAAAUAAUUGAAUAAAAAUUACGUAAAUGUUUACAUGAAAUUUAUUUAAUCCGUGUGAAAGUCAGUUAUAUAUCAAUGUCAAUUAUUUUACUACUACAAUCUGGACGAGAUGUUUAUAUUAUGUUGAGCUAAACUAAACAUAUGGUGGUAG